AAUUAACAAUAUAAUUAAUUAAUUAAUUAUCUCAAAAAAUAAAAUUAAAAAAAAAGAAGAAAAGAAAACCACCUAACAAUAUAUAUAAAUUCCUUCUUCCACAAUCAUCCUCACCCCUCUCUCUCCCUCUCCAUAAACACUUCCCACAAAAAAAGAAAAAAAUCCCAUAAAAUUCUUCAACCUUCAUCCAUGGCCAUGAACUCGACGAUCGACGACAAAAACGACGAGGCGGCGGCGGCGUCGGAGGAGAGCGGAUGGACGAAGUAUUUGGAGGACUUCUCUUGCAAGAAGGAGGAGAGCUUCAUAAGCAGCUCUUCUAUGAUUUCCGAUGCGGCGUGGAACGGCUCCGACACCAUUAAAAGGUUGAAUUUGAAGAAGUUGAAUCGAAGCAUGAAUCGUAGGAAGUUUACGUAUGAAUACGAUGAUGAUUUGGAAGAUACAGCUAGCUCUCCUGUUCAUAGCCCUAAGGUAAGCACGAUGAAGCAGAUGGAGGUCAACCACAGAAAGAUGGAUGAUGUUGCGUCUUGCGAUUUUUUGGGGCAGCAAUCAAGUUCGAAGAAUUUCUUGAAACUCGAUCGAGAAGAGAGAAAUUCAAAGAAUAAUAUUAUCGAAAACAAAAGUAGUGAUCAAUACAUGGAGCUAAGGAAGAGAGGGUUAUGUUUGGUGCCAAUGUCAGCUUUGAUGAACUAUAUUGGUUAAAUAUGAAAAAAAAAAUGAAAAAGUAUAGUUUCUAUCUCUAUCUUUUCACACACUUUAUUGUGAAAAAAAAUAGAAAGAUAUAUACGUAGAGUGUGUAAUAAUAAUAAAAAAAGAAAGUUGGUAGAGUGACUAUUGUAUAUAAUUUUCUUCGCCAUUCCCUUUCUUCCACAUGAGUAUAUAUGUGGCAAGAUUUUAAGGGGGGUUUGUAUAAAGUAUUAAUUUUUCUUAA